AUGUGCCCUGGUAUGCCCAUCCAUCUCUCCCUCCUCUGCCUCCCUAUUUUCUCCCCUUUCCUCCUCUCUCCCCCAUGUCCUCCUCUCUACCUCUUGCCCUCCUCUCUUUCCCCUUCCCCCCCUCUCAUCCCGCUCUCCCCUCUAUCAUAUCGCCCUCCCCUCUCUCAUCCCUUCCUCCCAUCUCUCAUCCCAUCCUCCCUUCUCUCAUCAUUUCCUCCCCUCUCUCAUCCCUUCCUCUCCUCUCUCAUCCUGUCCCCCCCCAUCCUUCUCUAUCCCCCCUGUUCUCCUCUCUCCCCUCAUCCUCUUCUCUCCCCCUUUGUCCUCCGCUGUCCCCAUGUCCUCCUCUCUCCCCCGAGCCCUCCCUUCUUCCUUCUCUUUCCCUCAUGUCCCCCCUCCUUUCCCUUACAUCCCCUCUCCUACCCCUCAUUCCCUUCCCUUCUCCCCCCGUUUCUCCCCUUUCUUCCCCAUUGCGCUCAGUUUCCCCCCUUGCGUGCCGUCAUUUUCGCUGCCUCGCCCCUGUCCUACAAUCUCCCCCCAGCUCAAACCCAUGCACUCAGAUUUCCCUCCCGUUUGCACUCAUUUCACCCCUUCUCCCCCCCCCUGCUUCCCCUCCUCCCCCCCCCUGCUUCCCCUCAUUUCCCCCCCUGCUUCCCCUCAUUUCCCCCCCUGCUUCCCCUCAUUUCCCCCCCUGCUUCCCCUCAUUUCCCCCCCUGCUUCCCCUCAUUUCCCCCCAGGACGAAACCGUGCCUUCACAUGUUUGGUGGCGCAAGGGUGCAGCAGCAGGCGCAAGAGCACUUAGAGGAGCUGAGGCACUAA